ACCACCAGAAGAAGAAACGUCCGAAAACGUUAGUCCGACAAUAGGCAGACAGGACGAGUUUCUUGCCUUGCAGAUCUCUCCCCCACUCUCUCUUUCUAGCCAGCACUGAUCGUUGUAGACGACCAGAGUUGGUAAUCAUGUCUGACGUCUCCGCAGCGACUGAAGCCGGCACGCCAGGCCUCUUUGAGGUUCUGAGCGAUGCGGAAGGAGCUCGCAGUUCGUCCGGCAACACUUCUCGACAGGAGGACACGGCCAAGUCCGCUUCUCCGACGAAAUCAGAAACCAGCUCGUCGGGAUCCGCAACGAAGAGUGGUACCAGCAGCCGAGGCGAUCCACCAGCAUAUGAUGAUGAUCACCAUGCUGCGUAUAUAGCUCAGCAGAAAGCAGCAGUGCAUCGCACCACAUUCGAGCUGGACGGUCGACCGCUACCUGAUCUUGAGCACCAUUACUAUGAUGAGUUUCAUGAUCCAGAGCCGGAGGAUGAACCAUCGCAUGAUUUCAAGGACUUCUGGCGAUCACAUGAAAAUUUCAAGGCCUACCUCACCAAGAACCAUCACUUUCACGAGUUCAUCGCCUUCCUGAUUGUUCUCGACAUCCUGAUCGUUCUGGGAGAGCUUAUCCUAGACUUGGAAAUCCUUCGUGCGGAUGAGUGCGCUCACGAUCAUGACUGCCCGCUGGUUGAAGCCACCGUGAAUGGAUCGAUGUGGGACUGCUCCUUCAACUCGAACUACACCACAUGCCUGUACAAGGGUGGCCGACACACCUGCGUAGACGAAUACACCAAAGCGGACAAGGACCCGUCAGAGAUUCUACACAAGCUCAGCAUCGCCGUCCUGUCCUGUUUUGUGCUGGAGUCCAUUGUUCGCCUGGUUGUGCUGCAAAGAGAAUUCUUCAAGAGAAAGUUGGAGGUGUUUGACAGCAUUGUAGUGACGACAGCUCUCUUCCUGGACAUCUUUGUGCAUCACGGUGCUGCUGUGGCUCUGCUGCUAUUUGUGAGACUGUGGAGAGUCACUCGCAUCAUCAACGGAAUUGCGAUUGCAAUGGAGUCGAGGGAAGAGGCAAAACGUCACGAGCUGCGCAAGCAGAACCGCUGUGCCCGACACGAGCUGGUGCGGAAGAGAGAAACUGUGCACUUACUGCGGAUUGAGUUGAUGGAGUGGAAGAAAGCGGCGGCCGUGUUUCACGAAGCUGAGCAUUUCACUGUGGCAGCGCCAAUGCCGACGGGAUAACCACUGCUUGCUAGCUGUACCAGGGCCAUUGGUCUUGUCCGCACGCGAUGACAGUUUGCUGUAGGCGCUUGUUCCGUGCUCGCAUGAGGCCUCGCACUGCAUAGGUCUCUGCAUAGCUCUGUGCUAUAUGCUGCUGCUGCACUUGUAGAAAGCACUAGCGUUGUGACGUAACUGUUGCUUAGGCUGUCUGCUACGUAUGAAUCUAACCGCUGUAUUGCAAUUGUGACGCAUGCCAUACACACGUUUGUUCCGCCGUGUCGAGGAGCAGAAAAACACUGUGCGAGUACAUGCAUAGGCUGUUUCUGAAAGGUCAGGCUUGUGAUGAUGCCAGGCCGGCAAUGCAUGGUACAGUCUCUCUCCUUCACCCACUUAGGCUCUUCACUCUCCGCAAUCUGGUACACCAUUGCACUAGCGUAGUCACAGCUGGAUCGGCCUAUAUUUUAAAAUCGUUUAGUUGAGUUUAGGCAGGCCGUUACUGCAGAGAUGCCCGUAGAUUCAAGUCCACGGAGAUAUUUACUGGUUCAUUCCAGUUAGGUCCACUGUUCGUUGUUCAGACCCGGAGCAGCUACACUUUUACUAGUACUUGGCAGUUUUCCCAGCAAUCACAUUCUGUGGUAACUAUCUUGUUAGAUUUUAUUGAUGAUGUCAUCUCUAGCCUACACUAAUAUAAAGAUAAAGUAUUUUACUUUUUGACCCUCCGCUUUUAUCCAGGAUCCCAGUACUGCAGUAGUGUGUGGUGAGUUUUCGCUCUAUACAAGUUUCAGCUUUUAUUUGACUCGUAUCCUUUCACUGCAAGCUAUGUCAUUUGGCUGUUCGCGGCUAAUUCCUUUCUGUUCUUGGA